AUGGUCCGAAUCAACGCGUUCGCAGUGGAACAAUGGAUGGACCUCUACGAAACCAGUGCAAAACACAACCUGGCCGAAACAUGCUGUGCAUCCAUCUCCCUCAAUGACCUACUAGCCCUAUCCCCGAAAAAGGAUCUGGUAGACUACACACAGAAGCAAGUCUACGGCGCAAUCCGGGGAUCCGAGGCACUGAGAACCAACAUCGCAAAAUUGUAUUCGCAAUCUCUAUCUGCCGAUCGCGUCCUCGUCACAAACGGUGCCAUCCAGGCUAAUUUCUUGGCGCUUUAUACUCACGUCGGGCCGGAAGAUCAUGUUAUCUGUCAAUAUCCGACGUACCAGCAAUUAUACUCUGUUCCAGAGUCUUUCGGGGCGGAGGUUAGUCUGUGGCGGUCGGAAGAGGGGAAUGGGUGGGAGAUGGAUUUGGGGAAGUUGAGGUCUUUGAUUAGGCCGAACACGACGAUGAUUAUUUUGAAUAAUCCCCAGAAUCCCACUGGGGCGAUUCUUCGUCGUGAGGAAUUGCAGGGGAUUGUUGAUAUCGCGCGCGAGCAUGGUAUCCUGAUUCAUUCUGAUGAGGUUUAUCGACCUCUGUUCCAUUCUCUCGGCUCUGAGCAAGAAGUUCCUCCGUCUAUUCUUGAAUUCGGGUAUGAGAAUGUUAUCGCAACGGGCUCCAUGUCCAAAGCUUUCAGCUUGGCUGGGAUCCGACUGGGUUGGAUUGCUUCGCCAAAUCCUGAGAUUAUCGAAGCUUGUGCCUCUGCUCGUGAUUAUACUCUCAUCUCGGUUGGCCAGAUCGAUGAUAGCGUGGCCGCUCAUGCCUUGUCCAGUCCAUGCGUGGAAAACUUGUUGCAGCGCAAUCUUCGCCUGUCCCGCCAGAAUCUCGAAAUCCUUGAGACAUUCAUUGAAGAGCACAACUGGGCUAUGAAGUGGACAAAGCCAAAGGCUGGAACGACUGCGUUCAUCAAGUUUGUUGACAGGGAAGGCAGAGCAAUUGACGAUGUCGUAUUUUGCCAGCGACUCCAGGAAAUGACCGGGGUGAUGCUGGUCCCUGGAAGCCAGUGCUUCGGCGGUGGUGUGGACUUCCGUGGAUAUGUGCGACUGGGCUACGUCCAGGAAAACCAGGUGAUAGUUGAUGGACUGAAUACUCUGAGACAGUUCAUGCGUGAUAAGUAUGAGAAGUUGCCACUGGCUUGA